AUGAAUAAUAAUGAUACAGCUCACACUUUAUUUAAACCAAUUGAUACAAAUCGAGAUGAACAUAUUGAGAAAAAUGAAUUUCAUGCUUGGAUUUCAAAUAAUGAAGAAUUGCCUUCUUCAUCAUAUGAAGCAGCAACUAGUAGACUUAAUCGUUAUGAUGAUACUACUACUCGAUUUGAUCGAUAUAAAUAUCAAGAUAGUUUUCAAGAUGAUUUGGGAUAUACGGCUGAUAAAUAUACUUCAUAUGGAACUAGGAAAUGGAUGCAUGAACCGGUGAUUAAUACAAAUAGUUCAGAAGAAACCAAUUAUUAUCUGGAAAGAUUAGGUGCAAAUAUUUAUAAGGAUUCUAGUCCAAAAAUUAUUCGACGAGCAAGAAGUGAAAGUCCAGUAAAACAAGAACAACGAGUUUUUGUUCGAUAUCUUCAACCACCACCUGUUCCACCACCAGGACCUCUCAUUAUCAAAGAAGUGCGUCCACGACAACCAUCGCCACCUCUAUCACUUGUCAUACACGAACAUGCACCAUCUCCACCUUCACCACCUCCACUUAUCUUACGUGAACGGCCCCCCACACCACCGAAAUAUAUUCCUAGUGAAACAAUUAUUCGUACCUUACCUGUUUUACCCGCUCCACCACGAUCAGUUGUCAUCGAACGUUUUUCACUUCCUCCAGACAACCCACGCGAUAUUGUAAUCGAACGACGGAUUCUAUAUGGACCUCAAUUUGAAAGCCGUACGAUUGUUGAACACGCUCCUUCUACUCUGCAAUAUAGGGUGUCUAUUCGAAAAUAUCAACAAGUUCGUGUUACCAACGAAGAUCCUGACGGUUAUAGAACUCGUGAUGGAUCAUCUCUUUUAGAUCCAGCAACAUCUAUUAGACAAACUCGCAACACUGGUGUUAUGAGAGAUAUAUCGCCUCCAGCACGAUCAUCCUCAUUAUAUACAACUACACGUGGAUAUAGUAUUCAUUUUGAUCGAUCGAAUGAUAUAAUUAAUAGAGAUUAUUCAUCAACAGUUCGAAUUAAUAGUGGAGGAUACCAAUAA